AUAAUAAGAAAGAAUUUGCAAAGAGUAUAGGUGAUAAUUAAGAAUGUAUAAGAAAUCCAAUUAUGGAAAGUAAUUGUAACAACAUGCAGGGUGGCUCGAGACAAUAGGUGAUAAGAAUGUAUAAGAAUUCCAGUUAUGGAAAGUAAGUCCAAUUUCAGAAAAUUCAUAUUAUAGGGAGAAGAGAAAGGGUGAAUCAUGUGAGAAGAAUUUGGGACUAGAUUAUUCGAUUAAGGCUGUCUGUCAGUAAGGUUCGUGAACCAGAUAAAUCUCAACGGUUAGCAAAGGUGAGGAUUUGUUCAAGUUGGGUUGUUGUGAUCCAAAGCUUUCCCUUUCCACCCGCUGGUUUUCAGAAUCUUCAAAAACCAUUUACCGUCUUCCAUUUCCUCCAAAGACACUCAUAACCUUGGUUUUAUUAAUCGUAUAUUUGAUAUUUCAUGGGUUAAGAAGGACAUCCAAAAACCCAACUUCUGCCCAAACCAAACCGAAUUUUCAGCGACAUGUCCACGGUGUUCAACCAUCGAAUGAGCCUCAAGGGCGCGAAGGGCACAAAUUAAGUGAGUUUGUUUCGUUGGUUUGGGGAUUUCUGACGCUCCCGAUUCUCCCGCUUACCUCGAUGACCGAUUUUUCCGGUCACCCGGUCGUGCAAUAUAAUCUAUAUGAUGGGAAGGGUAAAGCUUAAGAUAAAGAGGUUGGAGAACACUAAUGGUCGUCAAGCGACCUAUGCUAAAAGGAAGAAUGGCAUCAUGAAAAAGGCUAAUGAGUUAUCCAUACUAUGCGACAUAGACAUUGUUCUUCUCAUGUUCUCACCAACCGGCAAGCCUUCAUUAUGCCGGGGAGUGCGCAGUAGCAUUGAAGAGGUUAUUGCAAAAUUUGCACAACUAACUCCACAGGAAAGGGCAAAAAGGAAGUUGGAAAGCCUUGAAGCACUCAAGAAAACUUUUAAGAAGUUGGACCAUGACGUAAACAUACAAGAAUUUCUCGGUACUAGUUCUCAAACUAUCGAGGAUCUGACUAACCAAGCGAGGGCAUUGGAGAACCGACUUUCUGAAAUACAUAAAAGACUCAGCUAUUGGAUAAAUCCUGAUAAGAUCAAUACUGUAGAAGAUUUGGGGCAAAUGGAAGAUUCUCUUAGGGAAUCACUCAACCAAAUUCGAACACAUAAGCAGGAAAAUCUACAAAAGCAGCAACUUAUGUCAUUAGAAUGCAAUGGUCAGUUCCAAAAUGGGAUGCAUAUACCCUACAGGAUGAGUGCUGAGCAACAGCUCCAACCUUUAUCAUGGAUUCCUAAUAAUGACAGCCGGCAUAUACUUUUAUCUGAGGACCCAAACUUGCUUUCCCAUAGGGAUGUGGAGUGCCCUGCAACCUCCUCCCUUGGGAGUUAUUCUGGUUACUUUGGCACAGGUAAAAAUUCAGAGAUUCCUAAUUCUGGGCAAGAAAAUGGUGUUCUGAAUGAUUUAACCAGAAUUGCCCCUCUGAGGCUACAACUGGGUGGGCAAUAUCCUUAUCUGCCGUACAAUCUCAACUUGAUGAAUGAUACUAAAUUCCAAUCAGCAGCACAGAUGAACCCACAAGAAAACUCUGUGGAUUAUCAUGUCAAUGGAAGCUUUGAAACUCCUAGACCAGGAUAUGAGACUGCUCAGCAUAGUUGGGCUUCCACAUCUGGGCCUUGUCCAGUCACCAUGUUUGAUGAACAUUUGUAUUCCCAGCAACCAAACUGAGAUGCAUGGGCUCUCUUUCCAUUCAUUCACAGAUGGAGUUGUUGAACUUGGAUCAUAUGCUUUGACAAGCUACUCAUCCAUUUAAGAUUAUUUUUUUUCCCAUGGUUAGCUUUGCCAUGCAAAUAUAGGAGGCAACCAGCAAGUGAUGUAUAGCACUAAGCAUAUGACUGCGCUGACAUUAUUCACUGGCCAGAAGGAAUGGUGCUGACUCCCUUGAAUGAGGCACCGUAUUAUGAUAUUAAAAUCUACUAUAUACAAAUUAUGUAUUCACAGGUC